CGUUUCGGCCAGCUCAUCUCAAAAUUGCCGAGUUUUGCUUUCGUGUGCUGUCAAAAAGAGGAGAAAAGUUUUUCGGGUCUGGAAAACUUUCUAUCCGCGCCAGGAAUUUUCCCGAUUUUUCCCUAAACCGAAAAUCCGCUUGCUCGAAUCUAUUCGCUGCUCCUCGUACGGGUACGGUCACGGUUUGCGUGUGUGCUUGACUUAAGUCAACAUUUAGCUAGUUGUUAGAGAAAGGAAGGGAGCAGCAGCAGCAGCGCGAUGCAACAUCCGGUGCUCGGUUUGAUUCUAGGCCUGGUGGCCGUUCUACACCAAUCGCAAGCCAUCAUGUUCCGCCUGCAGCCCAACAUGCAAAAGUGUCUCAAAGAUGAGAUGCAGGGCAACCAGAUCGUGGCCGGGGAGUACGAAAUCACCGGCGCUCCCGGACAGAAAAUCAGCUAUGUGGUUCGAGACAGCAAAGGUCACAUCCUUUCCCAGAACGAAGACAUAAACAAGGGGAAAUUUUCCUUUACCUCCGAAGUCUACGAUACGUUUGAAAUUUGCUUCAUUUCCCAUGUCUCACCAACUCAUCGAGGCGUAGAUCAAGACGUAUCGCUGGACAUCAAGAAGGGCAUCGAAACCAAAAGCUACGAAGGUAUUGGUGAAGCAGCUAAACUGAAACCGCUGGAGGUGGAUCUGAAACGUCUGGAGGAUCUGUCCGAUGCCAUCGUGCAGGACUUUGCGCUGAUGCGGAAGCGCGAGGAGGAAAUGCGUGACACCAACGAGAGCACCAACAGCCGGGUGCUGUUCUUCAGUAUCUUCAGCAUGUGCUGUCUGCUCGGUUUGGCCACGUGGCAGGUCCUGUACCUGAGGAGGUACUUCAUUGCCAAAAAACUGAUCUAAUUCGGGAUUGGCAAGACGCAGGUCCAGCUACUUGGCUUGGCUGGGUGGGCGUUGAAAAAAAAAACAAUGCAGAAGAGCAGGGGACAGACGAGAGAUCUUUUGUGCGCGAUCGGUAUGCUUCGAUGAAUAAUAACGUGUGUGGACGGGUGAAUGCGACAGUUGUGUGUGCGUGUAUGUGCGUGGAUUUGAUGACGCAUACACUCAAACACUUGAACAAUAGACAGCUUGGUGAACUUCAGUUGUUUUUUCGUGGGUAAACUUUUGAAGCGAUUUUCCGUGCCUCUUUUGCAACGCGUGAGAUCUACCAACAAGAUUUCCCUUUCUAUCGGACAAUGUAUUAAGACAGUUUUUUCUUUCUGGUUUAUCGUUUAGCUCCAACUUCAUAGAAGCUCAAAUUUGAUUAGUGAAUUUGUUCCGUCUGGAUGUCAUAAAUAAGUUUUUAAUAGCUUAAAUUAAAUCAUCGACCCGUUAGUUUGAACAAAGUAAAAGAAAUACAAUUGAGUAA